AUGACUGCGCAAUUUGCUGCGAAGAGGUUGUCGAAAGAGCUCCAAAAGAUCAACACCUCGUUACCACCGGGCAUCGAGCUUGUGUCCGCCGAUAACCUUGAGGAAUGGUACUUGGAUAUCCGGGUGCUAGACAACAACCCGCUGUACCAAAAUCAGACCUACAGGCUCAAGUUCCGAUUUAGCCACUCGUACCCCAUCGAACCGCCCGAAGUGGUCUUUGUGAAGCUUCCCGACAGACCGAUCCCCAUCCACCCCCACAUCUACUCCAAUGGCAUCAUCUGCCUUGACCUCCUCGGCCAGCAAGGGUGGAGCCCGGUGCAGAACGUUGAGAGCCUCGCCACCAUGGCUCCUCGUGUCGAGUUCGACACGGACCAGGUGAGAGAAAAGGCUCGCAAAGACCUGCUUUUUCUCCUCGAGGCAGUCCGCGGCAAGAAGAACCUCGUUAUUGAGAAGGCAUUGGCUGGACCAGUAGGCGUGAUUGUCAAGGCCUCGACCUUGCGCGACUACGGUGUCGACAAUUUUUUCUUUCUUGAGAACAACAAUACAGACACAAGCCAGCGAAAUGUUGUCUUCAUCGCUCGAGGCGAGUCGGCGCACAACGCUCAUGCCAUUGCGAACCAGAUAAAACGACUCCAACGUGAUAGCCAGUCUCCCCACGAGUUCCACGUCUUCUGGGUGCCACGGCGGACGCUGCUCUCAGACAAGGUCCUGGAAGAGGCGGGUGUCCUGGGCGAUACAAAUGUCGCCGAACUUUCUCUGUUCUUCUUCCCACUAGAGAAAGAUGUCUUGUCUCUAGAACUAGAUGACUCCUUCCGGGACAUGUACCUCGCAAAGGAUCCCACUCCGAUCUUUCUACUUGCCCGUGCAUUGAUGGGAAUCCAGCUGAAACACGGCCUAUUUCCCCGAAUCAUUGGUAAAGGUGACAAUGCUAAACGGGUUGCUGAUCUUCUUGCUCGCAUGCGGCAGGAGUUACUCGCCGGCGAGGAUGCGAGUGAGGGGCCCGCCGUCGGAUUGAGCCCGAGCACUACGAUCGAGAACGUCAUUAUUAUCGACCGCGAAGUCGACUUUGUGACGCCUUUGCUGACGCAACUGACUUAUGAGGGCUUAAUAGACGAGGUAUUUGGAAUCCAAAACAACCAGACUGAAGUCGACUCGACCAUCGUUGGCGUGCCGGCUCAGUCGACACCACAGGGCACUUCGGCGGCGGCAGCAGCGAACAAUGGGCAGACACGGAAGCGCAAGAUUCAACUUGAUGGCUCGGAUACGCUUUUUGAACAACUUCGCGACGCCAAUUUUGCCAUCGUCGGUGGUCUUUUGAACAAGGUCGCCCGCCGGUUGCAAAGCGACUACCAAAGUAGGCAUAGCUCCAAGACGACGGCCGAGCUCAAGGAAUUUGUAAAGAAGCUGCCAGGUUACCAGGCCGAGCAGCAGAGCCUGAAGAUACAGACGGGCAUGGCAGAGGAGAUCAUCAAAUACACACGAACCGAGACGUUUAACAAACUUCUCGAGGUGCAGCAGAACCUCGCGGCGGGGGCCGACCCGUCGUCACAAUUCGAUGCGAUUGAGGAGCUCAUAGCUCGCAAUGCCCCGUUACCUCAGGUUCUCAGGCUGCUGUGCAUCUAUUCAUGUAUAUCGGGUGGGAUCAAGGCAAAAGAAUUGGACCACUUUCGGCGGCUCAUCCUCCAGGGAUAUGGAUAUCAGCACCUCCUUACCCUUCAGAACCUGGAGCGGCUUCAGAUGCUCCUGUCGCGGUCAUCCCCGCUGGCUUCCAUGAUACCCAUGACGGGCUCGGCGGGUGCCGCAGGAACCAAAACAAACUACACAUACUUGCGGAAGCAGCUUCGGCUUAUCGUGGACGAAGUCAACGAGCAGGACCCCAACGACAUUGCCUAUGUCUACAGCGGCUACGCCCCUCUCUCGAUCCGGCUCGUGCAAUGUGUGCUCCAAAAGCAGUAUUUGCUCUCGAUAACCAGGGGAAGUGGAGUAGGGGGGACGAAUGCGCCAGGGCCAGCGGCCGGAGGAGCACAAGGCUGGAGGGGAUUCGAUGACGCCGUCAAGCAUGCCCGAGGGCAGACAUUUGACGAGGUCCAGAAAGGGGAGGAUAAAGCGGUCAAAGCUCGGGCUCUUUUGUCUGGCAGCGGUGACAAGAAAAGCGUCUUUGUUGUGUUUGUUGGCGGUAUCACAUUCACCGAGAUUGCCGCUCUACGUUUCCUUGCAAAGCAGGAAGAAGCUCGGAGGAACAUCAUCAUCUGUACAACAUCGAUCAUUAGCGGGAAUAGGAUGAUGGAUGCUGCAAUCGAGAAGGAAACAUUCGAGAAGGGGGCGCCGCAGACUUCAACGGCCAGAUAA